AUGUCAUGCAUAUUGUCCUGUGACCUCGGGUUCGGCCCAAAGAAAAGUGUUAAAAAGACAGUGAGAGAGGUCUACGACAUGACGAUCAGGGAGUUGAAGGUAUGGGCGAAACUGGACUGCGACCACUUCACGCAAUACCGGAGCUCAUGGUUAGAGGCCGAACAUAAAGACAAGGAACUGGUGCUCAAAGUAUACAUAGAAAUGGACUUGUGUUGGUUCACUCUGGAGGACGCCAUUCGCAAAAUGAGGCAACACUUCGAGCGACCGGUCAACCAAUUUCUGCCAACUCUGGGCUAUUAUAUGGCCUCAGAAUUGUUGAUUGAAAUACUGGAAGGCAUUCAUUACUUGCACAGUUUGAUACCUCCUAUUAUUCACCGAGAUGUCAAACCCAAAAACAUACUGAUUAAGGGUAGUCCCUAUGGCAGGUUCAUUAAGUUGGCUGACUUUGGGUUGGCUACGGAGCACCUGAAGGAGUCUAUGAGCCACACACAGGCAUCGGGUACCGACAAGUAUAUGCCGCCCGAAGUUAGGCUGAGUCGCUAUUACGGCACGAAAGCCGAUAUGUAUAGCAUUGGGGUUACGGUUAACGAGUUGUUCAACUUUGCUCUCCAC